AUGAGGUCCUCUGUCUUGGUGACUGAGGAUGAUAUCCGUCCUGAGGAUCCUCUCAUACAGCAUGCAGAGGAGGAAUCCUCUGCUCCGCUGCCGUCCCGCCAUGCCCUAUUCCGUCUGUAUUGGCUGACGGCCAUAGUCUGCUGCGGGGGCCUGCUCUUCGGGUACGACUCUGGCGUGAUCGGAGGGGUUUUGACCUUCGACUCCUUCCACCGGUCUUUUCGAUAUACCUCACAGAAUGAAACCCGCGUUAGUGCCAUUGCCGUGGGCGUCCAGCAGGCUGGCGCCCUGGUUGGCAGCUUGGUAAUAUGGCCCUUGACCAACCGACUCGGUCGUCGCCCUGCCAUGGCCAUUUGCUCCGUUGUUUUCUGUGCGGGGGUGAUCUUCGAGAUCCUCGACACCCAUGCUCGGUCUGUCUUUUACCUCGGACGUGUCAUCUGCGGCCUGGGUAUCGGAGGCUCAGCUACCGUGAUCCCGAUCUAUCUGACGGAGAUGAGCCCAACCUCAAUGCGUGCCCGGCUAGGCAGCUGCUACCAGUUCACCUUCACGAUCGGCAUCCUGAUCUCGUACUGGAUCGACUACGGGAUGCAGUACGCGCCCAGCAACGCCGCACAGUGGCAGAUCCCGCUGGCUUUGCAGCUCAUCCCGGGCGCUCUGAUGGGCGUGGGCAUGCUGACUCUGCACGAAAGCGUGCGCUGGCUGCUCUCCCACGACCACGCCGACCAAGCCUGGGACAGCCUGACGUGGAUCCGCGCCUCGCGCGGCCCCGAGGUCAAGGCCGAGUUCCGGGCCAUGCAGUCGGCCAUCGAGCGCGACGCCCACGCGACGGCCGACUUCUCCCCGCGGGAGCUCCUCCAGCGCGCCAACGCGCAUCGGUUGAUCCUGGGCGUCGCCCUGUUUGUCUGCCAGCAGUCCACGGGGGCCACCGCCAUGGCUUACUUCGGCCCGCAGUUUUUCGCCCUGCUCGUCGGGGGCAGCAGUGACGUCUCAACGGCCUCCGACGCCACCGCCCGUCUGACAUUGUUGCUGACGGGGAUCUUUGGGUUUCUGAAGGUGAUCAGCUGCCUGCUGUUUAUUGCGUUUGUGGCCGACCGCUUCGGCCGUCGGCCGUUGCUGAUUCUGGGUGCAUUGGCCAUGUCGGUGUGCAUGCUUGCUACGGCAGCCGUUCUGCGAACCACCUCGGUUGCUCCGUCAUCGCCGUCAUCACCUGCCCAUGCCACCCCUGACCCUGACUCAGACCCUGACCAUGGAUCCUCCUCGCUCUCGCCCGCCUCCCUCGCCACCAUCCUCCUGAUCUACCUCAGCAUCGUGGCCUACAACCUGUCCUGGGGCCCCCUCCCCUGGCCGUGCAGCGCGGAACUCUUCUCGUCGGCGCGGAUCCGCGAGCCCGGGGUGGCGAUGGGGGUGGCGGCACAGUGGCUGUCGAACUUUGGGUGGUCGUCUGCGACGCCGUACCUGCUGCAGGGGCUGGGGUGGGGCACGUUUGGGUUGUUCGGGGUGCUGGAUGCGGGGUUCGCGGGGCUGGUGUAUGGAUUUUUGCCCGAGACAAGGGGGAUGGGGUUGGAGGAGAUUGAUUCUUUGUUUGCGGUUGCGGAUGCGGGUUAUGAAGGUGUCAGCAGUAGGGACGGGGAUGAUGUAGAGUGA